AUGGGAAAAGCGCAAAUAUGGGAAAAGCGCAAAUAUGGGAAGAGCGCAAAUAUGGGAAGAGCGCAAAUAUGGGAAGAGCGCAAAUAUGGGAAGAGCGCAAAUAUGGGAAGAGCGCAAAUAUGGGAAGAGCGCAAAUAUGGGAAGAGCGCAAAUAUGGGAAGAGCGCAAAUAUGGGAAGAGCGCAAAUAUGGGAAGAGCGCAAAUAUGGGAAGAGCGAAAAUAUGGGAACAGCGAAAAUAUGGGAAAAGCGCAAAUAUUGGAAAAGCGCAAAUAUGGGAAAAGCGCAAAUAUGGGAAAAGCGCAAAUAUGGGAAAAGCGCAAAUAUGGGAAAAGCGCAAAUAUGGGAAAAUAGCAAAUAUGGGAAAAGCGCAAAUAUGGGAAAAGCGCAAAUAUGGGAAAAGCGCAAAUAUGGGAAAAGCGCAAAUAUGGGAAAAGCGCAAAUAUGGGAAAAGCGCAUAUAUGGGAAAAGCGCCAAUAUGGGAAAAGCGCAUAUAA